AUGGAGGUGAUUCGGGCAUACAGGGAGCAUCUGAAGCGCACUGCCGGCGACCAGAGACUCAUUCCGCUCGUGCUCGAGUCCUAUGAUGGGGCCUCGUACUUGUCCUUUGGGACCCUGUGGUGGGACACCGAGAGGUGCAUAGACCCAUCAGAAGCCAAGGGCACGUGGGGCAUUCAGCGCAUGUUCUACCACUGGCCGCACAUCUACUGCCUCAAACCCGAACUCUUCCCCAGAGCGGAGAUGUGCCUGGAUUACUACGGGCAUCGCAAGUACGCCAUCAACCCGCGGAAGAUCACGUCGCUGCAGAUCCACCGACCAGUGCUCAACGACUCGUACGGAUUUGAUCUUGAUACUACUGUAGCAAAACUCAACCACUUUCAGGGCUACGUGCAGCGAGUGAAACCUCUAAACGCGGCUAUAGAGGGUGCGGAUGUUAACGAGACGGCUAGUGUAGCUCAAGAACAGCAGCCUCCAGCGUUUUGCUCGCAAAUUAUCCGCAUUGAUGAGCCGAUUAUUUGGUGGGCGAGGGGGCAGGAGAUCGGGGAAAUUGCUGCUGAGGCUCAGAAGAAUCCUCGCGUGCCAUUGGAUCGUAUUGAGAGGGCAGAAAUGGAAAAUGAGAUGGCUAGAGUGGAAGUGGGAGAUACAGAAUCAUGA